UGACUGUUAACUUUGGAGGCUGCUGUGGUUGGCCUUAUUUAGUCACAUGACCUGCAGCGCUUCAGUCCGGACACUUCUUGGUGCUUUUCGGAGUCUUCAGUUGCCUGCACACCUGUCAUAGGUCCAGCUGCAAAAAUGGAAGCUAAAUGCAUAUUGCCAAAAAUUACAGUACAACCAACAAGAGGACUUGUUGAUGAAAUGUUCUACAUAGCUGUUUCAAACCUAUCUCCUCAUCAAGAAGUCACCAUACGCUCUUUCCUUCAAUCUGAUGAUAAAGACUUCUGGCAUGCUUAUGCAUAUUAUGUCAGUGAUAAUAGUGGAGUAGUAAAUGUUGCUGAAGAUAAUAGCUUGGGAGGCUCAUAUGCUGGCAGAGAACCAACCGGACUCAUUUGGAGCUUAAAACCAGUACCUGGUGGAAGAACUGCCCUGAGGUUAAGAAAAACCGAAAUAUUUACACCAUUUGUCAUAAAUAUAUCUGUAUACAAAGGGCAUAUCAAAGGUGAUUUUAAAGAAGAGACUGCAUUAGCAUGUGCUGUAAUGGAGCGUUGGUAUGUUACACCCGGAGUUUCAAGGAUAGAAGUUAGAGAGAAUGGAAUUUAUGGAACUCUUUUCCUUCCACCAGGUCCUGGGCCAUUUCCUGGACUUUUAGACUUGUGGGGCGGAGGAGGAGGACUAGUAGAAUAUCGCUCUGCUCUCCUAGCUUCUCAUGGCUAUGCUACUCUUGCACUGGAGUACCUGUCCAGCAAGACAGAUUUUUCAAAAAUCGGAGAAAAAUAUUUUGAGGCAGCUUUUGGCUAUCUUGAGAGUCAUCCUCAGGUAUCAAGAGAACAUGUAGGUAUUUUUGGCCUCUGCUUUGGAGCUUCUGUGACUCUUUCUGUUGCAGCAAAUGAAAACAAGAUCAAUCCUAAAUGUUUGGUUUGUGUCAGUGGAACCCAUGUUAUAAGAAUUGGGGAAUCCAUCGAUAAAGUCUUUGCAGAUCUGAAACUAAAUGAGAAAAACACAAGGUUAGAUGAAAAUAAUCAUGUAAUAUGGCGAGAACUUGUCCUUCCAAUACCAACAGAUUCAAAUAAGAAAGUUAAUCUUGGAAAUUUAAAGUGUCCUCUUUUGCUGAUUGCUGGUGAUGAUGAUCAGAAUUGGCCGACUCCUGAAUCAGCUGAAGAUAUUGAAAAAAUGAUGAAGGAAGCAGGAAAUGGACAUCUUUUGACAAAAAUUAUCUAUCCUAAGGCUGGACAUCUUAUAGAGCCGCCUUAUAGCCCCCACAUUCGAUUCAGCAAUUUUGUUGACUUACAUACUCGUAAAAAAGUUAUUGCAUUAUGGGGAGGUGAAGCAAAAGAGCAUGCUUUUGCACAAGAAGACUCUUGGAAAAAAAUAUUGGAUUUUUUGGAUCUCCAUCUUUACAGUUCUAACACAGUUUUAAGUUAAGUUUUGACAUUUAAUGGUAAAUCCUUAUGGCACAGGGUGUCCAACUCUGAUCCUGUAGAAUCACAGUGCCUGCAGGUUUUUAUUCUAAACAUUUUCUUAGUAACCAGUUUUUGCUGUUAAUUAACUUAUUUUUCCUUAAUUUUAAUUGGCUUACUGUUUAAAAUUUAAACCUCUUAAUUGUUUUUUUCUUAAUUAGAACCCAAACAAUAAUGAGAGACAAAAUCAGCAAACACAUGAGCAACUAACCUGUGCCCAUCAUAGAAUGUCUGAAAAUAAAGAAAUGUGAAGGUCUAAGUGAUGGUAAUCUGCUCAGGUUUGCAAGAUUUAGACAAUAGUCUUAGGAAAAAAACAACAGUUUUGGAAAUGUCUUCUGUAACAGAAUAAGAGCAGUGACAGGCCAUAGAAUUAGAAUAAUUGGCUUCUAAUUAACAAACUGGUUGGAAUGAAAUUGGUAGGAGGUUAAGGCCCUCACUUAGCUUGUCAUUAGUUGGCUCACUUUAUAUCUAAUUUCUUGGCUGUCAUUUAAGGAAACAAAUGCAAUUCAGUGGACUGUUUUAAAAAACAAGGCAAUUAAAAUGAGGGAGAAAGAAGUCAAUUAACAACAGAAAUUAGUCACAGAUUAAGAAAGUGUCAGGAAGGAAAACCUUCACCCACUUCUGCCAUCCAGGAUCAGAGUUGGACACCCCUGUUAUAGAAUGAUGUUUCUUUGUUAAUGUUAUUGUUUUGUGUUUGUAUUUAAUGUCUUUCAGCAUUACUGUAUUUGUAAUUGUUGUAUAGCAAGUAAGACUUUAAGUACAAGCCUGUUUGAAUAAAUCAAUUGAAAUUUAACUGAAUAGUUCCAGGAAGUGAAAGUAAAUUCUUUUAAAAUAAUGCUUAAAUGGUACUUUUAAUAGUGUAAUAUACCAAGGUAACAGUAGUUUUAAAUAAAUAUGUAAAAUUAGAAUUUUCAUUGAACAGUUUUUAAUCUAUUCUUGCAACCUCUGACCUUUUGUUUUCAAAAUAACAUUUUACCUAUUCUUUUAGAAAUGAGAAAUUUUGAAGCAUUUCUUUAACAAUGAUUUAAGGAAUUUUAGAUCAUUUCUGCACAAUAUGAAUAUAUUUCUGUAUUAAUUCUAAUAGCCUUAAAUUGAAUAAUAAGCUAAACCUAAAAUGUUGACUGGUCAAAGUUUCAUAAUUGCUGGGUAAAUACCGUAGAAUGACUGUUGUUUAAAUAAUUGUACGGUAUGGUAACAAAUAAAAUGCAUUAUGUACUUUGUUUUUAUUAUUAAUCUAUACUAAUAAAAGGCAAAGCCCUCACUGACUCAC